GGCCCUACAUAUACCCGCGGGUAGCGUUGGGACGGCGCGCCCAGCCCGGACCGGCACAGUCAGCGGCAGUCAGCGGAACCUGCUUCCCCGAGCGCUGCGGAGCUGGUCCCGGGCUGGCCCCUCUGCAGCCCCCAGAGCGGGCCAUGCCGCCGCGGGAGCUGAGCGAGGCCGAGCCGCCCCCGCUCCGGGCCCCGACCCCUCCUCCGCGGCGGCGCAGCGCGCCCCCAGAGCUGGGCAUCAAGUGCGUGCUGGUGGGCGACGGCGCCGUGGGCAAGAGCAGCCUCAUCGUCAGCUACACCUGCAAUGGGUACCCUGCGCGCUACCGGCCCACAGCGCUGGACACCUUCUCCGUGCAAGUCCUGGUGGAUGGAGCCCCUGUGCGCAUUGAGCUCUGGGACACAGCAGGACAGGAGGACUUUGAUCGACUUCGCUCCCUCUGCUACCCUGAUACCGAUGUCUUCCUGGCAUGCUUCAGUGUGGUGCAGCCCAGCUCCUUCCAAAACAUCACAGAGAAAUGGCUGCCAGAGAUCCGCACUCACAACCCCCAGGCGCCUGUGCUGCUGGUGGGCACCCAGGCGGACCUGAGGGACGAUGUCAAUGUACUGAUUCAGCUGGACCAGGGGGGUCGGGAGGGCCCUGUGCCCCAACCCCAGGCUCAGGGUCUGGCAGAGAAGAUCCGGGCCUGCUGCUACCUUGAGUGCUCAGCCUUGACACAGAAGAACUUGAAGGAGGUGUUUGACUCUGCCAUUCUCAGUGCCAUUGAGCACAAAGCCCGGCUGGAGAAGAAAUUGAAUGCCAAAGGUGUGCGCACCCUCUCCCGCUGCCGCUGGAAGAAAUUCUUCUGUUUUGUUUGAGCAGCUAUGGCAGCAUAGCUAGUGGUAGGCAGGAGGCCGGAGACUUCUGGAACCUGGGGCACGGGGCCUUUGAGGGGGCUAUUGGCAGGGCCUGGCCACCCCAUGGGACUUAGUUCCCUUCUGAACACUUGGGGGACAUGGGCCUCUAACUGCCCACUCUGAUGUACCAGGGUGAGCCUAGGGCCUGGAAGAGGGAAGGCUCCCAUGUGGAUUUCUCCAGUCAAGGCUCACAGAGAAAACCCGGCACUUUGAUUUUCGUAGGGUGAGCCUAACAAUGUCACCCACACUAGAGCAGUUUGGGAUCCAAUUCCCAGUUUCUUGUCAUGGGCCCUCAGGUCAGCCUGGCUGAAUCAGGACCCCUUGUGGUCGUCCCCACCCCCUCCUUGGCAUAGAGGUGAGGAAGAGCCUGGGGAACAGCCAGGCAUCUUGAAAGGGUGGAAGGUAUUCAGCCCUGAUUUGGAGAGACGUUUGGGAUGGAGGAGGUAAGACAGAGGCUAGCAAGCGAUCUAGAGAGGGAGCCAUGGGAGGCCUGGGCCUGGAAGGAGGAAGACAGGAGGAGGAGAGCAGGGAAGUGGGCCAGCUGAGGAGCAGGCUGACACCUGGGCUGCCCUCCACCCCCAAGGCCAGGGAGGGCAGGGCUGGUCCCUGGGAAGAACUGGGUCUUGAGGCUCCCUAGGCACUGCCCAAACUGGCUCUGCCAGGAGUAGGGCAGGAAGUGAGAGUCAAGGCCCAGCAAAGGGAGGGGGAGGAGCUGCAAAUUAGAGCCUGAAGGAGGGAGGGGUUGGGGGGUCAUCCCUUUCCUCAAGGUCACACAGCCUAGAAGGUAGAGCAGUGCAGACUGCAAAUAAAACCUUACGUUUGUGAA